AUGAAGAAGUGGUGGACUGAUGCCUCACGAGAAGAGCAGUCGUUUGCUUUGAGUCACGCUAACGACGGCCGCGGCGGUUCAGAAUCCUCUGCAGCACCGGCGGCUGCUGAGGAUUUUUUUGGUGGGAUGAAAGUUGUGCGCACACGCCACAAGAGAUCGGCAGCAAGUACGGCAGGGUCACACACGCCUCGCGGUAACUCCUCCGUUUCUGUGCAGCUUAAAAAAUAUGCUUCACCCGUGGCAUCCGCGGCGGAGUCGAGCCCAUUUUUUAUGCGCUUUGAAAUGCCUUCGAGUACCGUGCAGGACGAGGUGGAGACACCGCAAGUCACGCAAAUGCGCCACCGGCUGGAACGUUUUUUUGAGGUUUACGAUCCGUCAAAGUUGUCCCAGGUGGAGAACACCAUAAAGGCUUUUGUGGGAAGGGAGGAGGAACUGUUCAUGCAGCUCGUCUCAAACUAUGGCCCGGAGCCUACAGAAUUGAAGGCGAGUGCCCUUCCGACAGGGGAGAAAGUGCUUCCUCCAGGCAGUGCGAGCGAGACAGAGUCGGCGUUUGAUUUUAUUUCUAGCGGAUUGAAGAAGCAGCGCUGUGACAAACGAGAGGGUGUUGCUGCAAAGACACAAUCUUCGGUCGUUGGCUCUUCUUACAUGCAUAGUAAGGACGCUGCGGACUUGAACUCGCGGCAAAUGUCAAGGAACGGGGAUUGUACGCUUCAGGAAGUGGUGGACGACGUCAAACCUGCAUUUGACUUUAUUGUGUCAAGAAAGGCAGGAACAGCCUCAAGUGCUUACUUUGUGCCAUCUGCUGCUGUUGCGGCUCUCAAUCUGGUACCUGAGUCCAUUGCUGAAGGGAACGACGAAGCAGUAGUAAGAGAUGCAGAAGGCAUGAAGGCAGAAGCAGAAGCAACACCGCAUGUGUGUCGAAAUUUCUUGGAGUUGAACAAAGAUAACAACAACAUGGAAGACGGCACCGUAGUGGAGGAGAAUGACAAGUCCUCUCGCAGCAGAGACAGCAAGGGCAGUAGGGGCAGUAAUAGUAGCCGCAACAAAGUUGCUAGCAGCGACGCGGAGAGCGAGCCUGAGACAAUUUGGGAUCGUCAACGGCGUGAAGUUCAGGACUUGCAAGGUGAUGUUCUGCUGGCCCGGACGAAACUCUCACUUGUGCUGGAUGAGAUCCGCUCGUCCAUUGAGCGGCGUCGUGAUUGUAUGGCGACAGUGAGCAAAAUUGAGAACCGUAUUGAACAGUGUGUGGCGCAGGAGGCGUUUGAGGAGGCGGCCUUGCUUAGCGACGAGCUAGAGCAGCUUAGUUCACGGGUGGCGGAGCUCGACGGGGCGCCUGUGCGGCUGCUAACAUCCCUAAACCAACAGUGUGAUGCGACGGUGAAGGUGGUACAGUCUCUUGCGCAGCUGUUGCAGCGACAUCGACAGGAGCUCAUGGAUUCCAAAGACGAUGCAGAUCGGCGUGUGAAGAAAUUUAUUAAAGACGUGAAAGAAAGCCUGGAGACUCGGAAGGAGCAGCUGGGCGCCGCCUUUGAGCGGGCGAGGCGUCUGGAGGAAAGCGCGAGGCGGGAGCAAAGUAGUCUCAGGGAGCGAAAGACAACGCUAAGGGAGAAAAUGUUGCGGCAAAGCGAAGAGCUGCAGACACUGCAGGGGCGGAUUUCGCAAGAAAAGAUGGAGGUUGACGCCGAGAUUGCCGUGCUUGAGGCAAAACUUGCCACACUGCGUCAGAAAAGUGCGGAAAAGAUGGCGGAGCUGGAGGAUGUGACAUCAACCUUGGCGCGCAUGGGGGCUGAGCAGGAAUCGAUGGAGCGUGACAUUGACAACUUUUUCAACGAGGAGGAGAAACGAAUACGUGGGGUUACCGCCGACAUGGAGCAACUGCAGAAGGAGAGCGACGUGCUUCGGGUGGAGGAGGAGGCGUUUGACACCAAGCGGGAGUCGAUGCUAUCGGAGCUUGAGAAUGAUGUGAUGAGAAUUGAGGGCUACGAGCAGCGACGGAGGCUGCUCGAGACAGUGACCCUUUUAGAUUUGCAGAAGUAUACCAACGCCGUGGUGGAACUCCUGCAACUGCGGAAUGCUGGCCGUGGCGUUUUGUUUGCCGCGCCCUCAUUGACAUUGUCCGGGGCCGAGGCGGGGGAGCCACAGGAAGAAGAGGAAGAGGAAGAGGGAGAGGAGGAGGAGGAGGAGUGGCCUCUCUUGCAUGUGAGCAGAUUGCAGAAGCAACUGUCUACGCUCAAUGCGGAUGACGUGACGUGCGAGGCGCUGGUCGCGUCGCUAGGGGCGCAGCUGGCGGAGAUGCGAAACAACAUCCCGCUCCUGGAGGCGGUGAAGAAGAGUGCGGCGACAGCAUUGCGAUUCAAGGAAGCUCAGCUCAAAGCGGACGAGAUACGGCGUUUGACGGCGUCGAUAGCUGAAUACACCGCCGCAAUUGAUGCCGCUCAGGAGCGAAUGCGGGCCAACGCUUUAAAACGUUCCUCGCUACAAAAGAAGAUCACUGAGGAGCGUGCCAAGGCGGCAGUACGGAUGCGGGGGUUUCUUGCCAGCUACCGUGAUGCACUUGAAGCGGCGGCGAUGGCUACAUCGGCAAAUGCCACUCCGAACGUUUUGCAGCUUGCGCCAAACGACCAGGGCCACGACGAUCUGGCAGAGGCUAUGCAGCGCUUGAUGACCACGCUGCGGCAGGAGUGCUCGGAGAUGUCGUUUGCGGAACAAGAAGAGAAUGCAGCCGGUGGGGAUGAUUCUCUGGAGGAAAUUCUCAACGGGACGACGACGAGCGGGGGGAAUGUAAAUUUGGAUGAACAGGAAGUAUAG